AUGAGCAACUUGCAAACCGCAGGGGAUAUUCCCCUCCAGAUCACCUCGGAGAACUCGUCUUCAGAGCGUCGCAUCACCCCAUCAUGGACCGUCGGGCAACUCAAGGCCAAGCUGGAGCCAGUCACCGGCAUCCCUCCUCUCUCACAGAAGCUCACUUUGAGGCUGGGAGGCCGGCAACCGAUCCUCCUCGAGGCUGCUGAUGAAGAGCACACGCAGCUGGGAAACUGGCCUUUGGCACCAUAUGCCGAGAUCCACGUCCGGCAAGAGCCUUAUUCUAGGGUCGACCCUUAUCCUUGUGGGACCGUUGAGCCAGCCAAGGUGCAGGUUCGCGGAGAGUCAAACAAGGUUAUCUCCAGAGCCGCCAAUCGCAAAAGUGGCAUUGUUGCUGAUGUUCGUCUGUUGCGAAUCCGGUUCGGUCUCUACUCUGUUACUGAUAUCCGGCCUCCUGGAAUGCGUCCAAACUACACGGACGCUAGCAUGGUCGCCAAGUAUGAGAUGUCACCUGAUGAAUAUGAGCAGAAGACCGACAGUGUCCUAGCGUGGAAGAAAGCCAACAAACUUGGCCGUUUCGAUCCUUCUGCCCCUUCUCUCGAGCAGGCAAAACUCCAGGCCAUCGAUGCAGAGAUCAAGAACAGAGGAAUUGAAGUUGGCAAGAGAUGUAGGGUCGGGGAGGAUGAUUCCAAGAGAGGCGAGGUCAUGUACGUCGGCGAUGUGGAAGAGAUUCCAGGAGGCCCAGGCAAGUGGAUCGGUGUGAGGUUGGAUGAGCCGGUUGGUAAGAAUGAUGGGAGCUUGAAGGGUAAGAGAUACUGGGGAAAGGAUGGCGAUCCCAAGUUCGGAGUCUUCGUAAGACCUGAGCGGGUCGAGGUUGGAGCGUUUCCUAUGAUCGAUGAUUUGGAGGACAUGGAUGAGAUAUGA